GGCAUCUCAAUGACCAUCAUCUGUAUCCUCUCAUCAUCUUCACCUUGGAGUCAUUCCUCGUUCAGAAUACGGCAGGCUGCACAUCAGAUUCAUUUUGAGCUGUCCACCAGUCGUAACGUGCUUGACGCAAUUUGAGGUACUCCGUCAGUGCCCGUGUGUACUCACAACUCCUGAGCUUAGUGCUUGCUCUUGCCGUGGCACUUAAGAUUGGAAGUACUAUCUUGUCGAAUAAUUGUACGAAGUAACUGGACGCAGUUUCGAGCAGGUUAAUCAUUGUUGAGGUUUCACACCUACUUAUGUAUGAUCUGCCUGCAGAGUGGUCGUCCGAAUCCAGCAUCCAAAACCUUUGGACAAGAUGGGACGCUGUUACCGAUCUUUACCAGAGGCGGCGGAGUCCCCAUCCCGUGUAUUCACGACCUUCAAUUUUUGGGGAAGAUCAACCUCUCCUGUGGACUUCCACUCCAUUUCGAUCGAAGACUGCACCGAUUAUUGUUCACCUAAAACCUUUAGAGGUCAUUUCGCUUGAUCAAACCAUUUUCACUUAUCCCUAAAGCCUGAAGGGACGAGUUUGCAUACUUCAGCCUCGGUGAACUACAAUUUUGGAUUGAGGCAUUGAGUUCUACUUAAACAACCGUUCUUGUCUCAACAUAAUAAAUGUAUUAUGUUGAGGACCUUUCAGGACCUGCCGCUGGCAUGGAUCUCUGCUUCGAACAGGAGUUUCUUAUUCAGUGCGUGUGCCAUCAUUAGUAGGUUUGUGUAAUCUGUCAUCGAGGCCUGAGCCGACACAGACCCUCCUCAAUCUAGGGAUCCCUGUCUGAGGAUGAAUAUCGAUCUGCUCUUAACGCCGAUCACUGAUUCCACACAAAGAAGAGGUUUCGCUUUUCUUGUUGCAGAUAUCCGGUGAAAAUAUAAUUUAGCCAGCGCAAGUGCAUCAUUUUCGAAGAAUAACUUUCUACAAACAUUGUAAUCAUCUACGCGUGAGAAUGUCUAUAUUUACUAACGUGAUUGUCACCACUUAUAUAAUGGCAUCACACAUCUAGAUAAGUGCAAAUACCUCAAUUAGAGAGUAUUUGUUGCAGUUGGCCCGUAUGCGAUGGGUCUGUCAAGAGGGUCUAUAACGAAGUCAUUUAACAUAGAGCUCAAGAGGUAGAAUUUGACAUGGUUGCUCCAAGAAUGUUACUAUGGUAAAUAAAAACUUGUGUCGG